AUGGAGGAACACAUCCGUCACAGCCUUUCUAACCACCCGCAUGCUUUGCAACACUUGCAUAGCAGUAGCCCACACUCGUCGCACCGCGCCAUGACUCCCCGAUCCUAUAAUGAGGGCACCUCGAGCGCCCUCGAGCAUGAAUCGGUCAUACAGAACCGUCCAGGUAGCCCCGACGAGGAGGGCCAGCUUCCGCCUCGAUACACCGCAGAUAGCGAUCCAUUCCAGCUCGCCUCAAAGAUCAAGACGGAGGACGAGAUCCGACAGAUGAAGGCCAAUACUUCGCGCAAGCGUGAUCCCAAUACCGAUAGCACAAGGGUCAUGGAGAUGGUACAAAAAACGGGCGCCAGGGGCAAGCAGGCGCUUGUCACUCGCAAGCUACAGGGCUUCUAUGAGAACCAGAAUGAGAACAUCGAGCGGAUGUUGAAGCCUGUUGAAGAGCAUGUGCGUGCCGCCCGCGAAUUGAACAGCGAGAACAGUCUCAAGUAUAAGAUCGCCGUGUACGCCAGCUUUGCCGCCAAUGUCGUUCUCUGUGCGGUGCAGAUCUACGGUGCUGUAUCCUCUGGAUCCUUGUCACUGUUCACCACCAUGGCGGAUGCCAUCUUCGACCCCAUGUCCAAUUUGACCCUGCUCCUGUGCAACAAGGCCGUUAACCGAGUAGACCCUCGCAAAUUCCCCGCUGGAAAGGCCCGUAUUGAGACUGCCGGCAACAUCUGCUUCUGUUGCCUCAUGACUGCCGUUUCGCUCAUCAUCAUUGCCUUCUCCAUUCGCGAAAUUGUUGAGGGCUCCGACACCCUCCGAGCUCCCUUCCACCUGUCCUCCGUCAUUGCCGUUGCUGUUGCCUUCUUCACCAAGCUCGCACUUUUCAUCUACUGCUUUGCCUUGCGCAACCAGGUUUCACAGAUCCGUAUCCUGUGGGAGGAUCACCGGAACGACCUGCUCAUCAACGGAAUCGGUGUCAUGACUUCGAUCCUGGGUAGUAAGGUCCGCUGGUGGAUUGAUCCCAUGGGUGCUAUUAUUCUGUCAUUGAUCGUCAGCGGACUGUGGUUGCACUCCGCCUACGGCGAGUUCCAGCUGCUGAUCGGUGUCACUGCGGAUACCAAGAUGCAGCAGCUGAUUACCUAUAUCUCUAUGACCCACUCCCCCAUGAUCACAGCCAUCGACACCGUCCGAGCGUACACAUCCGGCCCGCGUCUUCUUGUCGAGGUCGAUAUUGUCAUGGACGCUGGCGCCACUCUUCGCGCGACCCAUGAUGUCGCUGAGGAGCUUCAGAUCAAGCUCGAGUCCCUUCCUGACGUUGAGCGUGCCUAUGUGCACGUCGAUUACGAGACCACCCACAAGCCGGAGCACUUCCUCAAGAAGGAGCUGUAA